AUGGAUUUUGGGGUUGUUGGCUUGGAUGGUUUGGUUGGCUCAAUCCCUGCAGCUGCAACUAAUAAUAUAUUUGCCUCAGAAAAUGCUGCUGAGGCUAAGAACAAAUGGUAUGGAUCUGGAUUUCUCAGGCAAGGAAGGCCUGCAGGCACCAUAAAUGAAGAUGAAUGUAGGGAGUUUAAACUGGUCAAGACAGCUUCUAGUGAGGCAAUGCUGCUUCAGGAGAGAAUCCCUUUGCUGAGAUCUAAUAUCAGUAAUCUCUCUGAAGGCCAACAAAUGCUCAGUUUCUCUUCUCCCAACUCUCAAAGUGUGACAUUGCCUUACUAUCUACAAACGUCAAGUUCCUUUACUAGAAACACAGGAUAUGGGUCUGGAGGUAUAAAUGCUGCUAACAUGCAAGGGGUGCUAUCAGGGGUUAGAGGGCCUUUUACUCCAUCACAGUGGAUGGAGCUAGAACACCAGGCUUUGAUCUACAAGUAUAUCAUUGCAAAUGUGUCCAUUCCUUCUUAUCUUCUCAAUCCCAUCAGAAAAGCCCUCGAGUCUGCAGGUUUCUCUAGCUUUUCUGGCCUAAGACCCAAUGCUUUGGGAUGGGGCACUUUCCAUCUGGGAUUUUCCAAAACAGAUCCUGAACCAGGAAGGUGUCGAAGGACUGAUGGGAAGAAAUGGCGGUGCUCAAGAGAUGCAGUUGCCGACCAGAAAUAUUGUGAGCGGCAUAUGAACAGAGGCCGUCACCGUUCAAGAAAGCCUGUGGAAGGCCAAUCUGGCCAUUCCGAUACCGGAACCAACACUACUACCACCAGGUCAAUGCCAAUAGCUUCCUCCACCUCUGAAUCUGUGGUGCCCGGAGCUUGUGCAUCUAACAAUCUUGCACUUUCACAUCAUCAUCAACUCAACAACUUGCAGUCUGGUUCUAAAAAUCCUUUGUCCGUGGCCCAAAAUAUUAACAGGAGUUUUUUCAGGAAGGAAAAUGUGAACGAGGGAUAUCCAGGCACAACAGGGGUCUCCAUGUUAUCGUCAAACACAAGUCUGAAAGAUAGCCAAUAUUCCAUUCCCAAACAACAGAAUACAUAUGCAGAAUCUUCUUGCUCUGAGUUUGGAUUAGUAUGCUCUGAUUCUUUGCUCAAUCCUUUAAAUAGAAGUUCUUCGUUUGUGAACAGCAAUCUCAAUGAUCAUGAGAGCAAAUCACAGCAUCCACUUCGCCAGUUCAUGGACGAAUGGCCCAAAAACCCAUCAGAAUGCUCGACCAUUUCAUGGCCUGAUGUUGAUAUGCAGUCAGACAGGACUCAGCUUUCAAUUUCCACCCCUGUGGUCACAUCAGACUUUAUGUCUUCUACCUCAUCUCCUACAAAUGAAAAGCUUACGACCUCUCCACUGAGAUUAUCCCGAGAACUUGAGGCAACCCAAAUGGGAUUGGGAGUAGGCACCAUCUUAAGCGAACAGAGCCAAAGACAAACCAAUUGGAUUCCCAUUUCCUGGGAACAUUCUGAGGGUGGACCUCUUGGUGAGGUUUUACACAGCACCAAUAACAGCAUCACUGAUGGUAAGAACACCACAGCACUGAGCCUGAUGAAGGAGGGCUGGGAUAGUAGCCCCUGCUUGGCAUCAUCUCCCACUGGGGUUUUGCAGACGGGUGCAUAUGGUUCCCUAUCUAACAGCAGUGCAGGGAGUAGCCCACGGGCAGGGAGUAGCAAGAUACUCGAUGGGGCUAGCCUCUGCAAUGGAUUCAUAGGUUCCAGUUUAAUGAAUCCAUCCUUCCCUGCAAUGUAA